AUGCGUUUCUCCAUCGUCACGCUCCUGACCGCCAUCAUGGCUGUGACCACUGCGGCAAGCUCUGUGGAAGCUGAGAAGCGUCAGCUUUCGGCUGUAGGUUGCGUUCAGCAAUGCAUGGAUGAUCUUGGCAUUUAUGACGGACAUGCCAUUUCCCAGUGCAGGAGAACCUGCGAAUACCUCAAGACUUCUCUUUCGAUACGCCAACUACGAUGUUCGGUCGCUUACUCCUUCCCGUCAUAUAGCACCGAGUCCGCUAGACUCCCGGGGGUCGCACAAAGUUCGGGUUCUAUCAUUAUGCGUUCAAAUCAGUCCAACAACUUGUUCAUUUUGUCAAGAUCGCUUGCCGCCAUUGACAGAGCUCUCAAAGUUAUCUCCUUGCUGCAUGAACUGCACGGAGAGCUCCAAAGGAAAUUUGUGUUCUCGAGAAAAAGGGGUAUGCACCAAAGUGCAUAUGCCAUGCAUGUGGCCAUUUUCAGCAAGCCGCAUGUACUGAACAAACCAAACUACAUGUACCUACAUGGCUGGUUUCCGGACCAACAUGGGCUAAGUAUCGGGCCAUCAUUUAAUACUUUGGGCAUAGUGGCCAGAAAGUCUCGACCAUCAAAGACCAGAUUUGUCGAGUCGUUGACGUUCUAG